GAAGACGACGAAGAAGACGACGAAGACGACGAAGAAGAAGAAAAGGGGGAAAAUAUCCCUGCGGCCUUGCGCACAAAUUUUCCUGGCGUGGCGUUAGUUUUAGCGUGAUUCUGAAGGUGCCUGUGCGAGUGAGCUUGCGCUAGGCUGGAAUCCAAUCGCCUCCGAGAUCUGUUGUGAAUUUUUUGACGCGCCAGAAGUUCUUUUUUUUUUUUUUUUUGCUUUGUCACACUUUCGUCCCAGGCACCCAACUGUUUCAAGGGCAGGCGGACAGACAGACCAUUCAUCAAUCCAUCAGUUGGUCAGUCAAUCGCAUGGCGCUGAGACGAGGACACGUGAGGUACCUGAAGGUGUGCGAGGUGCAGGCGUCCCAGAAGGAUAUCAGAGACGCUGAAGGAGCCGGCGGAGCAAAGGUGAUUUUGCACAGCAGGGCGCGACGGCCCGCGAAUGUCCAUGUGCUUGAUAAUGUCAUGACGCUGUGUCCGCAGGAGAUGUACGACAACGGCUACGGCGAGCACGCUGCCGAGGACGACAACGCCAGAACCAACCUGAUCGUCAACUACCUGCCGCAAAGUAUGAACCAGGAGGAACUGCGCAACCUGUUCAGCAAUGUCGGGGAGGUGGAGUCGGCCAAGCUGAUUCGGGACAAAGUCGCAGGAAACAGUUUAGGUUACGGCUUUGUUAACUUUGUUAACGCUAGUGAUGCCGAGAGGGCAAUCAGUUCCCUCAACGGCCUGAGGCUUCAGUCUAAAACCAUCAAGGUGUCGUACGCGCGUCCCAGCUCAGACACCAUCAAAGAUGCCAAUCUGUACAUUAGCGGCCUGCCGCGCACCAUCAGCCAGCAGGACCUGGAAGACAUGUUUUCUCGCUACGGGCACAUCAUCAAUUCCCGUGUGCUGGUGGACCAGGCAUCAGGUCUGUCGAGGGGCGUGGCCUUCAUCCGAUUCGACAAGAGGGCUGAGGCGGAAGAGGCCAUCAAGGAGCUCAACGGGCACACACCGCCCGGCGGUUCCGAGCCCAUCACGGUCAAGUUUGCUGCUAAUCCCAACCAGGCCAGGAACUCUCAGCUUGUGUCACAAAUGUACCAUGGCCAGUCGCGACGCUUCGCUGGACCUGUGCACCACCAGACACAGAGGUUCAGGUUCUCUCCAAUGAGCGUGGAGCACAUGGGCGCAGGAGGAGGGGCUUCGGGAACUCCGUCAGGAUGGUGCAUCUUCAUCUACAACCUGGGCCAGGAAGCGGACGAGGCCAUGCUGUGGCAGCUCUUCGGACCUUUUGGCGCCGUCAGCAAUGUCAAGGUCAUCCGCGACUUCAGCAGCAACAAAUGCAAAGGCUUUGGCUUUGUCACCAUGAACAACUACGAGGAGGCGGCCAUGGCCAUACACAACCUCAAUGGCUACAGGCUGGGGGACAAAGUCCUCCAGGUGUCCUUCAAGACCAGCAAAGGACACAAGUAGACCCCAGGUCCCAGCUUGUUGCUCUUUCUCUGGGGCUUACCUUGUCCACCUGUGGAGUGUACGCUCAUUUUGGCUGUCCUGAGCUCAACUCGUUGCUUUGGUUUCACUUGUCACAAGCAAACCCUUCUCAUCCACAGACUAAAUUUCUCCCCACAAUGUUGCUUGUUUCUCUCCAAACCACCUCAGCUCAAUAAAAAGCCAUCCCAAAAAUCA